CUGAGGACAUUUGUGUGGGGCGUGUGGGCAUUCUAUGGUGUGGGCUGUGUGUCAACUGCGUACAACUGUGGCGAAGCGAGCAAAAACUCCAUAUAAGGAGAAAGAAUAGUCCUCACAUUUUCGAAAUAAUCAAUUUAAACACAUUUUGCAACGCCUAAAGCCAUAAAAAAUGGAGAGCAUAAUACAGAAUCAAGUAAUGCAAGUUGCACAGCAUGUCGAGCAGCAGCUUGAUGCUGAAUUAGACCGACUUGAUAACAUGGAUGCUGACGAUCUUGAAACUCUCAGAGAGAAGCGACUCAAAGAAAUGAAGAAAAAUCAAAAUCAAAGGCAGACUUGGCUUGCAAUGGGCCAUGGAGAAUACACAGAAAUUCCUGAUGAAAAGGAAUUCUUCGAGGUGUCUAAGAAAUCUAAAGAUAUCGUUUGUCUCUUUUUCAAAGAGGGUUCUCCGAGAUGUAAAAUUGCUGACGAACAUCUCAAGAUUUUGGCCAAAAAACAUGUUGAAGCAAGAUUCUGUAAACUUAAUGUUGAACGAUGCCCGUUUUUAACAGAACGACUUCGAAUCAAAAUCAUUCCAACGAUUGCCUUGAUCUCUGACAGCAAAACCAAGGAUUAUAUCGUUGGUUUCACAGAUUUAGGAAAUUGUGAUGAUUUUUCUACAGAAAUGAUGGAGUGGCGCAUCGCCCAGUCUGGGGCUAUCUCGUAUAACGGAGAUCUGAUGAACCCCCCAGAGAAAGGGAAGAAAACUAAAUCCCUGCUUGGUGGCAAGCCCAAGACUAUUAGGGGUCGUCAGGAUGAUGGGUCUGACGAUGAUUGGGAUUAGCAAUAAUUGUUUGCAACACUUUUUACAUGUUUAAUUCGAGGCGAGUUUUUCAUGAGCACACGUCCACAACUUUGAACAAAUUUUUUUUCCUAUUACUUUGUUCAGAUAAAAACGUAAGUUAUAUUCGAAGACUGCAAGAUGACAAUAUAAGCAAUUUGUAUAGUAUAUCCUCUGUUCAACUAAGGCUAUUACAUUUAUUAAUUUCUUGAACAUUCAAUGCAUGAAAUUAAAUUUUGAGAAUGCGUGUUGACCAUACAAUGCCAUACUUUCGUGGGAAGUUUGAAUAAACGUGAAACAGUCAAAUUAUCAGCAUCACAAUAAUACGCACCUACUUAAUUUACCUUGUAUAAUCUGGUAAAAGAAGGAAAAUCGUUUGAUAUCCUUUCGAAAUUGUGUAUUCGAGAUACUCAACGGUUCCGAAAAUCUUUGUUUUAUAUUUACUAGGCACAAGUAGUAUCUUCGUCCCUGACGUUUUGCAGUACUUUUGAUUUGCCUUGAUCGUGUAUGACAAGAUUUUCGCAAAGUCUUGGAAGAACACAAGUCUAUUUAUUCCAUAAACGUAUCAAAUUGAAAGACAAAUUAUAUUAUUUUAUUCAUAAUAAUGGUAAUUAAGUAUUCAAUACACUUCGUGCUUAUUUACAGAUUGACUGUAAGUUGCUUUAUAUAAAUUUUGUAACAAAAAACUUAAUAAAAAUUAUAAUUGUUUAGCAAAA